AGGCUAUUUGUUUUGUUUUGAGUUUGACUUUGACUUUUUGACAUCGUUGUCUGUUGUUUUGAUUUUUUAGUGUCGGGUCGGUCGUCGGUGUUUCGAAGAAACCACUCCAGGCCUAACUACAGUAAAAGCGGAUUUUAGUCUACAAUCUUUUGAUCAUGAGUGAUCCUAGUGAAGUUUUAGAUGGAAAUCAGAUAGUAGCUGAAGCUUUAAAGCUGCAAGGGGUGGAGUAUGUUUUUGGCAUCGUCGGUAUACCUGUGAUAGAGUUGAGCGUUGCUCUCCAACAGGCUGGUCUACAUUAUGUGGGAAUGCGCAAUGAACAAGCUGCAUGUUACGCAGCGCAAGCUAUUGGCUAUCUCACUCGGAAACCUGCUGUAUGUCUUGUGGUCUCUGGCCCUGGUCUACUUCAUGUGUUCGGAGGAAUGGCAAAUGCUAAAGUCAAUUGCUGGCCUCUGUUGGUGAUAGGUGGCUCCUGUCCACAGGACCAUGAAGGGCUCGGUGGGUUCCAAGAAUGUCCCCAGGUGGAACUGUCUCGGCCGUAUUGUAAGUACAGUGCUCGACCGCCAACCCCACAACUCAUACCUCAACAUGUUGAGAGUGCUAUACGCUCCGCAACAUACGGAAGACCUGGAGUAAGUUACUUGGAUUUCCCAGCAAAUUUACUGAGUGCUCAAAUAGAAAGGGGAAACAUCUCAUUUCCCAAUCUCUGUUCAUUUCCCCCUCUUCUCUGUCCAAUGGCUUCAGAUCUGCAAAACGUUGCUACCAUAAUCAGCAGAUCAGUUCGACCUCUCGUGAUCGUGGGAAAAGGUGCAGCAUACUCCCACUCAGAGACAGCAGUUAGAAAGCUAGUGGAGACGACAGGUUUGCCUGUGCUAGCUACACCGAUGGGCAAGGGUGUGGUUGCUGAUAGUAGUCACCUCAGUGUGGCCUCAGCACGAACACUGGCUCUGCAGGAAGCUGAUGUCAUUCUACUGCUGGGCGCCAGGCUCAACUGGAUGUUACAUUUUGGUCGACCGCCGCGAUUCAAUAAAAAAGUGUCUAUUAUCCAGGUAGACAUAUGUGCUGAAGAGUUGCACAGUAGUGUGAAGGCGGAAGCAGCCAUACAGGCAGAUAUCGGGGUGUUUUGUACUCAGCUGUGCCGUUUGCUGUCUGAUAAAAAAUGGAAUUUUGACAAGAACAGUUCCUGGUGGAAGGAGCUGUCUGAGAAAAGUCAGGCUAACCAAGCGACUGUUCAGAAAAUGAUUGAGGACACCAGUGUGCCACUCAACUAUUACACAGUGUUUCACCAUAUUCAACAGACAAUCCCUAAAAAUUGUAUAAUUGUAAGUGAAGGAGCCAAUACUAUGGACAUUGGCCGAUCUAUUUUGCUCAAUGAUUUUCCACGUCAUCGUCUUGAUGCAGGUACAUUUGGCACAAUGGGUGUUGGUCCAGGAUUUGCCAUUGCAGCAGCAUUGUGGUGUCGGAAUCAGAAACUGAAUAAGAGAGUGAUCUGUGUUGAAGGCGAUUCAGCUUUUGGAUUCUCUGGCAUGGAAAUUGAGACAAUGUUUAGGUACAAACUGCCGAUAGUGAUAAUCAUUGUGAACAACAAUGGGAUCUACAGUGGAAUGGACACGGAGACCUGGAAGGAGCUGCAACAACUGCCCAAUGUGGCCACUGUACUGCCUCCCACCUCCCUCAGUGACAGUGUUCAUUAUGAGAAGAUGGUAGACUUGUUUGGAGGACAAGGGUUCUUCUGUCAGACCAUCCCUCAACUGCAAAAAGCUCUUCAAAAAGCUUUGUCCGUCGAGAACCAGCCUACAAUCAUCAACGUGAUGAUCAAUCCAACAGCAGACAGGAAGCCUCAGAAUUUCAAUUGGCUGACUGCUUCCAAACUGUGAAUAUGCUACACAGCUGUGAUAUAAUGUUAUUCUAUAAAUUAGUCAAUUGGUGCAAUCUGCUUGGAAAUCCAUUGGAAAAGGUAGCAAUAUAGGUGAUGGAAAAUCACAGGUUUUCAGCACAUUGAACUUUCAAAAAUUUAAUAACACAUCACAUUUUGUUGUGUAAACUCAACACUACCGAUUCCAGUACUUAAGUAUUAUACGGGGGUCACAUAUUUUACAGCACUGUGGUGGUAAUGUUAGUUUGGGUUAUCAUAAAUAUGUUUGUAGGACUUUCCUCAUUUUGUUAUGAAUUGAACGAUACCAGAUGAGUCAUACUUUCUAAUAUCAUAACACCAAUUGUUAGAUUUUUAUUUUCAUGUUUAUUACAAUCAAUUUUUUUUAAAUUUUGCCUGUGUCAUGAGAAUGAAAAAAAACAAUAAUUAUUCAAAUCACUAAUCACCAAGGAGGAGUUUUUAAAUAUUUGUCAUGCACCCUUUUAAAUUAGGUAGGCCUACAGUACUUGUUUUUUUUUGUUAAAUCUAAACAAAGAAUGCUAUGUUUAGAAUUUACAUCUUAUAUGAUAAUGGUUUUUAUUUGCCUUGUUAUAUUUUAUCUUUGUACUUUUAUAAUUAUAUUAAUCCUGUAUUAUACUAUAAUAAAGACUGAUUUAAAUUUGAA